AUGGCUGUCGUGUCGUGGAAGGAGGUCUUGCUUUUGAUCGGACUGGUGGUGGGAUGCUACUGGAACAGCCUGUCCUGUGGCUUUGUGUUCGACGAUGUCUCGGCCAUUCUGGACAACAAGGACUUGCGGCCCGCCACCCCACUCAGCAACCUGUUCUUCAAUGACUUCUGGGGCACGCCCAUGUCUGAGGUGAUGAAUCUAUCAUGAAAUAUCCUCGAGCUUGGGGAGGGAUACUUCGGUGCACGAGAUUACUUGUGACAUGUCAUGCACAAUGUCUUACUUUGUUUAUGCUCCCCUUGCAAAACAUGCAGAUGAUCAAGUAAAUAAGGAUUAUUUGAAUUUCAGCUGAGAAUAGUUCAAAUGUAAUUUACACUGAACAAAAAUAUAAACGCAACAUGUAAAGUGUUGGUCCCAUGUUUCAUGAGCUGAAAUAAAAGAUCCCUGACAUUUUCCAUACGCACAAAAAGCUUAUUUCUCUUACAUAUUGUUCACAAAUGUGUUUACAUCCCUGUUAGUAAUCAUUUCUCCUUUGCCAAGAUAAUCCAUCCACCUGACAGGUGUAGCAUAUCAAGAGGCUGAAUAAACAGCAUGAUCAUUACACAGGUGCACCUUGUACUGGGGACAAAAGGACACUAAUGUGCCGUUUUGUCACAUAACACAAUGCCACAGAUGUCUCAAGUUUUGAGGGAGAGUGCAUUGGCAUGCUGACUGCAGAAAUGCCCACCAGAGCUGUUGCCAGAUAAUUGAAUGUUAAUUUCUCUACCAUAAAAGUAGUUUUAGAGAAUUUGGCAGUAUGUCCAACCGGCCUCACAACCGCAGACCAUGUGUAUGGCGUCAUGUGGACAAGCGGUUUGAUGAUGUCAACGUUGUGAACAGAGUGCCCCAUGGUGGCGGUAGGGUUAUGGUAUGGGCAGGCAUAAGCUACGGACAACGAUCACAAUGGGCGUUUAUUGAUGGCAAUUUGAAUACAAAAGAAUACCAUUACGAGAUCCUGAGGCCCAUUGUGAGGCCCCUUUUUUCUAAGGUAUCUGUGACCAACAGAUGCAUGUCUAUAUUCCCAGUCGUGAAAUCCAUAGAUUGGGCCUCAUAAAUGUAUUUCAAUUGAUGGAUUUCCUCAUAUGAGCUGCAACUCAGUAAAAUCAAUGAACUUGUUGCGUUUUAUAUUUUUGUUCAGUAUAUGUUCAAUUAAUCAAUGGCUGUUGUGAAUAUUGGUGAACUUUGAUUCUUGGCAUAACUAUAGUCAGAUGAUUUGAUUGCAAGUACCAACAAAAUCACCUAAAUUCACAACAGCACUAUUCUCCCUCCCAUAUUUCUGUUUCUUACCACAGGAGAGGAGCCACAAGUCCUACCGGCCCCUGACCGUGCUCACGUUUAGGCUGAACUACGUCUUCAGUGAGCUGAGUUCUGCAUCCUACCACCUGCUCAACGUGGUGCUACAUGCCGUGGUGUGUCCGCUCUUCCUGCGCAUCUGUCGUCUCUUCCUGGACAAGACCUCCAGCCUGGUGGCGGCCCUGCUGUUUGCUGUGCACCCCAUCCACACAGAGGCCGUAAGUCUGCUCAUACUGUAGGCACAGAUCUAGGAACUAACUAAAUUAACUCUCCCUAAAUCCUUACCCCAACCAUUAACAGAUUUAAACAGAAGCAAGUAACGUUGAUACUAUUUGAGUUAUACGGACCUGCAUGCAUUAGUGACAUGAAAAGAAUGGAAUUCAAUACAAGUUGGACAUUGAGUUGGUUAAUGUCUGUUUCAAAUUAACUCAAUUGAACUAAUCUCAGUCAUUAAUGUCUACCUCAACAACAACUUCUCUCAUCUAGCAUAUUUGCUAACUCCCUUACCCCCAAUUUGUACUUGUAUUUCACCCCAUUCAACCGAGUUGCACCGGCGACCAGACAGGCCUUAGAAAACCUGAAAUGAAGAAUUAAAAAGAAAAACAGAAUAGUAAAACAAAGACAACAUUUUGCCACUCUGGAAAAGGGAGGUGUAAUAUUACACAGCUCUAGUGCUCCCUCGAACUCCCUCAUCUUCAUGUCAUUCUCUCCUUCAGCUGAGUGCAGCCUCUCAAUCGCUUGAAAGGACCCAUUUCACAAUUCACAAAGUAGCCCUUGGCCCGGCCAAUGGCCUUCACGUUAUCUUGGUCUGGAAUCUCUGUCUCAACGGAUAAUUUGUUUUUCAUUUGAAACACUGAGCAGUGAAGCUCCCCUUCAUGAUAAACAUGGACAAAGAGACCGUUGUGCGUGCCUCUGUCUUGUGAACGUCUUAGAAUGGCUUUCUUUUUGAACAUGUAGUUCAGAGUGUAUGUGUGCAUCUGUGUCUGGUAUCUGAACAUAUUCAACUAGAACUGUGUUUGUAUGACAUUGAUGAUCCUAAAGAUGGAACUGAAAGCUGCAUGCUUUGAAUAGUUUCAUUGGAUUCAAUAGUUGCAAGUGGUUGAGAGAUGAAAAUACUGCAUAAUAGUGAUGUCUGUCAACAUAUGUUGUCUAGAGGCUGACUGUCACUUGCCUGGCUACCCAAACUCCUUGCUUCGGCCUAAUGCUACGCCACACCUACGGACGUUCGUUUAUUCUCCGCAAUGAGUCUGGAUCUGAGUACAUCCCCUACGAUUUCUAGAUUGGAAAUACGUUCUAGACCGUCUGAUUGGUCCCAGAAAUCGUUGGGUUGGGCCAGAGCCAAAACACACGUGGGUAAAGCGACAUUUAGAAAAUGUGUCGUUGGCUUUGAUACUCUGAUUGGUUAGAGAUGACCAAUUGCUGAUCACUUUGUUUUGUACAACACCCCUCAUUUUGACGUCACCACAAAAUACUUCAGUAAUUGCAGCGGAAUAAUUCAGUUUGAGUAGGCAGGCAAGAUUGUCAUAGUCUAGUGAUUAGCAAUUGUGUGUCAGUCUUUGUGUUGUUCUUAGGACAUCUAUGCGGUAGAGGUCAGGUGAGUCAACCUCACCUGGAUCAUGUUCAGUACGGUUCUUAUUCUUACUGGUCAAGUUCAGUUAGUACCUCACUGUGUUUCAAAACAUUUUCUCCCUGCUAAACAUGACACAGAUUUGCUCUCCUCUUGGUCCAAGAUUUACCAGCCCCAGCUGCUCUCGUGAAAACAGGACAUGUGCAGUUCCAUGUGCUUCCAUAAGGUGGCAAUAAUCCUUCAUAUAUUUCUAUUAGAGGCCCCUGGCCGGCAGGAGCCAGUGUGAGUUACCUAUGUGGUCUGCCUCCAUGAUUUAGACCUAGGCUAGGUGGCGGGCAUAUUUUUCAUUUAAGGUCUUGUUGAGUGCAUAUUUUAGGUUAGCCUUUGUCAUGGACAAUCAGGUUUCAGCAGAUUUCAGGCAUGCCAGAGAGACCGAGGAGGAAGUGUUUUAAAGGAUGAUUGAUUGACGAGAAAACAUCUUUGUGCCAGAAACGUUGACUUUGACCAUUUACUUUCAACUUUGUGCCUCUGACAGGUGAUGGCUGUCAUGGGGAAAGUGGACCUCAUCGAUUCAUUGAUGAAAGAAGAACAUAUUUGUGCCAAAGAUUUUAUUUUUGGUUCCUCUGGCAGGUGACUGGUGUUGUAGGAAGAGCGGAGCUCCUGUCCUCCAUCUUCCUUCUGGCUGCAUUCCUGGCCUACACCAGAUCGAAAGGAGCCGACCACUCCAUCGGUGAGUCUACUGUAGCCCGCCACCAAUAUUGUCCCUGUGUUUGUUGUGUACACACACGGGUUUGAGGAAAACAAGACAAGAAGAUGCAUGCUCCCACUUGCUAGUCUGUCAUUCGGUGAGUCUACUGUACCCCUCCCCCCAUUUUUUGCAUGCAUUUUUGUUGCGCGCAUUCACGCAAACAGGGCCUUCAGAGAACAAUAAGACACAUGCCCUGACUUGUUAGCUACCGCCUCUAACCUUCUCCGGAUUUGAUUUCUGAGGGAUGAUGGUUAUCACGAGAGAGGGAUGAAUGGGGAAGUGACUGUUUUCUCCCUCCUAAAUUCAAGGAAAUGAACAACGUAACAAUUCAUUGUCAUUAUCUUAUCUUACCAAGGUGAUCUAGCCUCAGUAGGGCCAGUUUUAGAGAGGUUCAUUGAGUUUUGUUGCCUUAUACAGCCUUUAACCAAAUACAAAAUUCAAUAUUGUACCAGUAACUGCCAAAAUAAUGGAAACACUUAAGUAAAUGAUGGAUACAAAGUAUAUUGAAAGCAGGUGCUUCCACACAGGUGUGGUUCCUGAGUUGAUUAAGCAAUUAACAUCCCAUCGUGCUUAGGGUCAUGUAUAAAAAUGCUGGGCAGCCCAUUAUUUUGGCUACCAUGGCUAUGGCCCCAUAGGAUGACAAUGCCCCCAUCCACAGGGCACGAGUGGUUACUGAAUGGUUUGAUGAGCAUGAAAACGAUGUAAACCUUAUGCCAUGACCGUCUCAGUCACCAGAUCUCAACCCAAUUGAACACUUAUGGAAGAUUCUGGAGCGGUGUCUGAGACAGAAUUUUCCACCACCAUCAACAAAACACCAAAUUAUGGAAUCUAUUGUGAAAGAAUGGUGUCGCGUCCCUCCAAUAGAGUUCCAGACACUUGUAGAAUCUAUGCCAAGGUGCAUUGAAGCUGUUCUCGCUCGUGGUGGCCCAACCCCCUAUUAAGACACUUUAUUUUGGCAGUUACCUGUAUGUUGUUAUUCUUAUACCAGACAAACUAGUUCUUAGGCUUUACCUUCCAUCAAGCUCUCAUUGCAUCUGUUGUGUCCCUUGGAUCUUCAAACAGUUCUGGAACACACACUUUUUCAACUAUCUGCAUUUCUUAUGUCAAACAGUCAAUCGAAUUUGCAUGCAAGGAACAAAAACUUUUUCCACAAGUACAUAGAGUAGCCAGCCAAAUAGAAAAAGUAGCUGUCUGGGGGGGGCUUUCCCCCCUGUUUUGGUAACCUCUGGUACAUUCUAAUGCCUUGAUUCCAUCUGAAAUACACAGCGAAAUUAUUGUAUACUUUAUCGAGUUUACCUCCCAGAUUAGAAAAAUUACUAGUGGUAUUGUGUUGAAAGACAUGACUUUACAAUUGUAAUUACUGAAAAUGUAUUAAUUCAGUGUAUUGUUAGUUGUUUUGGAUAUUGUCUAGGUCUAGGCCUAUAUGAUCAGGACCAUUAGGGGAAGUAAUAGAACAUGAAACCCUUUUUAACAUUUAACCGGUCUUCUCUUGAGAUUAAAGUCUUACAGUUUUACUGCAAGAUAUGAAUUGCCACAAUGAUGUUGGUUCUUCAAAUUAUGUAUUUUAUUAAAACCGAUAAGCGUAGGCUGCUUUGUAGUUAACAUUUGAGUAUGUAUUUGGGAAAGCCCUUCCUUCUACCAGAAUACUGUUUUCAUUAGCAACAUCGCUAACGGCUACACAAGGUGGUAGACCUGCACGCACACACACAGAUGGGCAUUCUUGUUGUCCCAUCAGAAAGUAGCAGGAAUAUGAAUCGCUGAUGCAUUCUGUUCAUGUCUUAUGAUAAACUUGGGCAAAUGUAGUAAUAUUGGGGAACACUUACACAUGUUUUUUUCAUCCUAUUUUAAAUAACUAGUAGAUAAUAGGCUUUAUGACACUGUCAUGGAGCAUUAUGACCAUCCUGUGUCACUUUACUUGGACUAAGAUAAUACACUUUAUGACAUUGUCAAGAAGCAUUAUGACCAUCAUAUAAGACAGUGGGGAGAACAAGUAUUUGAUACUCUGCCAAUUUUGCAGGUUUUCCUAAUUACAAAGCAGUAGAGGUCUGUAAUUUUUAUCAUAGGUACACUUCAACUGUGAGAGACGGAACCUAAAACAAAAAUCCAGAAAAUCACAUUGUAUGAUUUUUAAGUAAUUAAUUUGCAUUUUAUUGCAUGACAUGAGUAUUUGAUACAUCAGAAAAGCAGAACUUAAUAUUUGGUACAGAAACCUUUGUUUGCAAUUACAGAGAUCAUACGUUUCCUGUAGGUCUUGACCAGGUUUGCACACACUGCAGCAGGGAUUUUGGCCCACUCCUCCAUACAGACCUUCUCCAGAUCCUUCAGGUUUCGGGGCUGUUGCUGUUGCUGGGCAAUAUGGACUUUCAGCUCCCUCCAAAGAUGUUCUAUUGGGUUCAGGUCUGGAGACUGGCUAGACCACUCCAGGACCUUUAGAUGCUUCUUACGGAGCCACUCCUUAGUUGCCCUGGCUGUGUGUUUCGGGUCGUUGUCAUGCUGGAAGACCCAGCCACGACCCAUCUUCAAUGCUCUUACUGAGGGAAGGAGGUUGUUGGCCAAGAUCUCGCGAUACAUGACCCCAUCCAUCCUCCCCUCAAUACGGUGCAGUCGUCCUGUCCCCUUUGCAGAAAAGCAUCCCCAAAGAAUGAUGUUUCCACCUCCAUGCUUCACGGUUGGGAUGGUGUUCUUGGGGUUGUACUCAUCCUUCUUCUUCCUCCAAACACGGCGAGUGGAGUUUAGACCAAAAAGCUCUAUUUUUGUCUCAUCAGGCCACAUGACCUUCUCCCAUUCCUCCUCUGGAUCAUCCAGAUGUUCAUUGGCCUGGACAUGUGCUGGCUUGAGCAGGGGGACCUUGCAUGCGGUGCAGGAUUUUAAUUCAUGACGGCGUAGUGUGUUACUAAUGGUUUUCUUUGAGACUGUGGUCCCAGCUCUCUUCAGGUCAUUGACCAGGUCCUGCCGUGUAGUUCUGGGCUGAUCCCUCACCUUCCUCAUGAUUAUUGAUUCCCCACAAGGUGAGAUCUUGCAUGGAGCCCCAGACCGAGGGUGAUUGACCGUCAUCUUGAACUUCUUCCAUUUUCUAAUAAUUGCGCCAACAGUUGUUGCCUUCUCACCAAGCUGCUUGCCUAUUGUCCUGUAGCCCAUCCCAGCCUUGUGCAUGUCUACAAUUUUAUCCCUGAUGUCCUUACACAGCUCUCUGGUCUUGGCCAUUGUGGAGAGGUUGGAGUCUGUUUGAUCGAGUGUGUGGACAGGUGUCUUUUAUACAGGUAACGAGUUCAAACAGGUGCAGUUAAUACAGGUAAUGAGUAGAGAACAGGAGGGCUUCUUAAAGAAAAACUAACAGGUCUGUGAGAGCCGGAAUUCUUACUGGUUGGUAGGUGAUCAAAUACUUACAGUGGGGAGAACAAGUAUUUGAUACACUGCCGAUUUUGCAGGUUUUCCUACUUACAAAGCAUAUAGAGGUCUGUAAUUUUUAUCAUAGGUACACUUCAACUGUGAGAGACGGAAUCUAAAACAAAAAUCAAGAAAAUCACAUUGUAUGAUUUUUAAGUAAUUAAUUUGCAUUUUAUUGCAUGACAUAAGUAUUUGAUCACCUACCAACCAGUAAGAAUUCCGGCUCUCACAGACCUGUUAGUUUGGAUUUUUGUUUUAGAUUCCGUCUCUCACAGUUGAAGUGUACCUAUGAUAAAAAUUACAGACCUCUAUAUGCUUUGUAAGUAGGAAAACCUGCAAAAUCGGCAGUGUAUCAAAUACUUAUUCUCCCCACUGUAUGCAGUGUAUCAAAUACUUGUUCUCCCCACUGUACAUGCCCUUAUAUCAGUCAUCAGUCAAAAAGAGUUGUCCUGCUCCUGAAAUCUGCUACUGCAUUCAUCCCAGUCAUCAGAAACAGACCAUUGGGGUAGGUGCAUGUCCGACAUCAGUGUGCACAAUUGCAAUGAUAAUUUAAUCCAGAAUGAGGCUCUGUUUUUGCCUUACGUAACCUUCUUUCUUAUUUAACCAUACCAAAUGUAACAUACAGUAUCAUACUAACUUGAGUGUCCCGGAUUUACGUUUACUAUGUUAAGUCUACUCUGUGAGACCAGUCUGUAACGAGAUGCUCAUGUCUCUGCCCUAAAAAUGGGAGUCGUUGUCCCAAAGAUGGGAAGGCGGGUGACAAGCUUAGGUCCAAAAUAAACCCAUAGAAACGCAUUGGGCUUAUUUUGGACAGAUUUGGACAGAGUGAAACCUCUCGCUUCGCCUCUUCCGCUCUGCUGCGUUUCCCCACUAGAAUAUGCAUUUUAGCGGGAGUUGGCUUGACGGACUAGCGAGUUUAAACUUUUAAAUGAAAAGAAGCCUAGUUAAUAUGAAGUGGGAAAUGUAGCCUGCUGAAAAUGAGUCUGUAACUGACUGAUUAGCCGACAGCCUGCGCUAAUGGAAAACACUGAAUUUUGCCUCCCAUUUCAACAGGAGUCAAAUGUCAAAACAAAAAAGUGUAUACUCUGCAAAUAUGAAUGAGAUACUAAAAAAUAUAUUCCAUUUUUGAUUUUCAUGUAAUACACAUUUUUCACAAAACAUGACAACAAUGUAUAUUCAACUGGGCCUAUAGUCUAUGUUCAACAUUUUCCUCCACAUACAAUUUACAAAGACACAUUCAAACAGCCAGGUGUGUUUAUAACAAGCAAGCUGAUGUUUUGCAUCAUUCUGGCUGAAUUUAGGGUAGGCAACAACAGGCUAGAGAUGAAUACGGCAUAAAGCAAGUGGUGUGGAAAUGCAUUUCCUUUCAAUAAUAACUGCUGUACUGGUUCUGCUAUACUGCGAUAACAGAAAUUAAGCAGUAAGAAGGGUAAAACACAACUAGCUAGUCUUCUGUGAGUGUUGUAGAAUACUAUAAAACAAGUCCUGAAGCCUAAAAAGACAAAGUGGCAAUUGUUCAGUUUUACCAAAGGCACGUGAGAUUUAAGAGCUCAAAUGGGUGGGAACGUCGUAUACUGUAGGCUUAGCUAUAUGUUUAUUUUAGAACCUUCACUAGAAAGUGCCUUUCCCACUGUGAAUCUUGUAACCGGUACGUAUGGUUACCAGGUGAAUGUGUGAAACAACCUUCCCUUCGGCGGGUCCUGAGGUCCUUGACCUAGAGCAAAGGUAGGCAGCCCUGCUCAUAUGUUUUUGAAUUAACAGACCAGGAAGACCAGGUGUGUUGAAUUUAGGCAAUCACUGAACUGAUCAAUUAGCUCAGAUGGUCAGGUGUGGUGCCUAGUUGGAGCAAAAUCCUGCAGUACCUGCGGCCCUCCAGGAACAGGGUUGCCUACCCCUGACCUAGAGUAUCAUCUCAACCAUUCUUCCUAACCACAGGCACCAUCUAAUACUUACUAUUCUGAUGGGUUUCGAUGGGGAUUCAUUCCAGGGGCCUUUAGAUGAACACACUGUGUCUAAUUUCACUAUAAAGUCCACUAUAAAUCCAACUGACCGAAUAGAAUGGUUUCCAAGGCUCUUUAGUUGUUUAGUUUUGUUCUUGAGUGAAGGUUCUGGCAACAUGAAAAGGACAGAAAGCCCUGCACACUAUAUACCGGGUCUUUCUGUCCUUUUCGUGUGUACUCAUUAGACCAGCACCUACGUUUUAUUAGGAUAUGAUUGUGUGUAUGAGUAUGACCUCUGGCAACAUCCCAUUCUUUAUGUUCCUCCUUUUUUGACUUUCUCUCUAGUGUGGACUCCCAUUGCUGUGACCGUGGUUUUGGUGGCUGCAGCCACGUUAUGCAAGGAGCAGGGAGUCACGGUCAUCGGUAUCUGCUGUGUCCAUGAGGUGUUUGUUGCACAAGGGGUAAGACACCGCAGGACAGGGCCGGUAACCUCACUCCACAGUGCAACACGCCGUCGCUCCAACCAUCACACUGCACGGUCACGCCCUCACUGACAAAACCCCAGUAAUAGAUUUGAGUUAUGGGACGAUUCUUUUUUUGUUGAACUGGCUACCUCCCAUUUUUAUUACAAAAGGGGUACUUGAGAGAGGAAUGAUGGUGAGCAGCUGUUUUGUCGGCUCUCCUUCCCCUUGGUCAAAAAUAGACAAAUUAGUUACAUGAUACACAAUCAUUAGAGAGCCAAAGCUAAAGGCCUUAAUUUUGAUAAAGUGUCCUAAAUAUUAAAGAAUUUUGAUCCAUCUGGGUAUACAGUGCAUUCGGAAAGUAUUCAGACCCUUUACUUUUUCCACAUUUUGUUACGUUACAGCCUUAUUUGAAAAUGGAUUAAAUUCAUGUUUUUCCUCAUCUACACACAAUACCCCAUAAUUAUGUAAAAACAGGUUGUUACAUAAUUAUUCAGACCCUUUGCUAUGAGACUCGAAAUUGAGCUCAGGUGCGUCCUGUUUCCAUUGAUCAUCCUUGAGAUGUUUCUACAACUUGAUUGGAGUCCACCUAUGGUAAAUUCAAUUGAUUGGACAUGAUUUGGAAAGGCACACAACUGUCUAUAUAAGGUCCCACAGUUGACAGUGCAUGUCAGAGCAAAAACCAAGCCAUGAGGUUGAAGGAAUUGUCCGUAGAGCUCCGAGAUAGGGUUGUGUCGAGGCACAGAUCUGGGGAAGGGUCCCAAAAAAUCUUUGCUGCAUUCUAGAUCCCCCAAAACACACUGGCCUCCAUCAUUCUUAAAUGGAAGAAGUUUAGAACCACCAAAACUCUUCCUAGAGCUGGCCGCCCGGCCAAACUGAGCAAUCGGGAGAGAAGGGCCUUGGUCAGGGAGGUGACCAAGAACCCAAUGGUCACUCUGACAGAGCUCCAGAGUUCCUCUGUGGAGAUGGGAGAACCUUCCAGAAGGACAACCAUCUCUGCAGCACUCCACCAGUCAGGCAUUUGUGGUAGAGUGGCCAGACGGAGGAAACUCUUCAGUAAAAGGCACAUGCCAGCCCGCUUGGAGUUUGCCAAAAGGCACCUAAAGGACUCUCAGACCAUGAGAAACAAGAUUCUCUGGUCUGAUGAAACCAAGAUUGAACUCUUUGGCCUGAAUGCCAAGUGUCACGUCUGGAGGAAACCUGGCACCAUCCCUACGGUGAAGCAUGGUGGUGGCAGCAUCAUGCUGUGGGGAUGUUUUUCAGCGGCAGGGACUGGGAGACUAGUCAGGAUCGAGGGAAAGCUGAACGGAGCAAAGUACAGAGAGAUCGUUGAUGAAAACCUGCUCCAGAGCGCUCAGGACCUCAGUCUGGGGUAAAGGUUCACCUUCCAACAGGACAACGACCCUAAGCACACAGCCAAGAAAGCGCAGGAGUGGCUUCGGGACAAGUCUCUGAAUGUCCUUGAGUGGCCCAGCCAGAGCCCGGACUUGAACCUGAUCGAACAUCUCUGGAGAGACCUGAAAAUAGCUGCGCAGCGACGCUCCUCAUCCAACAUGACAGCGCUUGAGAGGAUCUGCAGAGAAAAAUGGGAGAAACUCCCCAAAUACAGGUGUGCCAAGCUUGUAGCGUCAUACCCAACAAGACUCGAGGAUGUAAUCCCUGCCAAAGGUGCUUCAACCAAGUACUGAGUAAAGGGUCUGAACACUUAUAUAAAUGUGAUAUUUCCGGGGGGUUUUCUAAAAAAAAUUGCAAAAAAACUGUUUUUGCUUUGUCCUUAUGGGGAGUGUGUCGAUUUGAUGAGGGGAAAAAAACAAUUUAAUCCAUUUUAGAGUAAGGCUGUAAACGUAUCAAAAUGUGGAAAAAGUCAAGGGGUCUGAAUACUUUCCGAAUGCACUGUAAAUGAUCAGUGUUUCUCAACCGGAGGUCGACUAGACUAGAAUGAAAAAGCUACAGUACACAAAACUGGCCUCACCCCAUCAUUAUUCCCUUUUACAGAUCAGUCAGUUAAUUUUUUAUCUCUCUCUUUCUCUACUCUCUCCCCCUCCUCUUUCUCAGUUCACGCUGCCCAUGCUGCUGUACACACUCCUCCAGGUGCUGAGGGGUAAAGAUGGUUUCCCCUAUGCUGUCCUGCAGACGCUCCUCAAGCUCAUAGUCCUCAUCAUCAGCACCUUGCUGCUGGUCAUCAUCAGGGUCCAGGUCAUCCAAUCACAGCUUCCUGUCUUUACCAGGUGGGUGGAGCCGUGGAUGUGUUUCCAUGGCAAUGGACAUUUAGUUUUUCUAUUGAAGCCAUGAUCCGGGAAAUGUAGAUUCCAUGUUUCUGCUCAUGGUAGCCAUGCCACUUGGAACAGUACAUUGUCAGUUACCCAAUCAAUGAACAUUGUUUGACCUUAAAGGUGUAGGCCUAGAUACAGUGAGAAACAGAUCUUGUUUACAAGAUCGAUUGAAUACAUAUUGGACCUGCAUUUUCAUGGUGGCGAAAUGUUUUCUUUGCGGUUUGAAGGGCUGUUGUUGCAGUUCCCGAGAUGGCAUAAAGCAGAUAUACAGGCUGGUGAAACCAACAGCCACAAAUCAAGUGGAAAUGGAACACAAACAAGGGCAUAAUUCACACAUGGCUAGAUGUCAAACGCGUUAUAUUGGAUCUAUUAUCCAUCAUUUGAUUACGCAAUUGUUUACAUAACAAAAUAAAAUGCAUUGCCGUGUGAACAUAAUUACACCGGUAGCUUUCUGGUGAGUGUUUGGCUUUCUGACUAACCAGACCUAACAAGUUUCAGCUGAGCUUUGUGGUGGUGGAAAACAUUCCUGUCAUGCCGCCAUUAGCUAAAACAGUGUUCUCUGCAUCUGGGAAAGUUACCAGGACCCCAUUCCAGAACACCCUUACCAAAGAACAGGCCGCUGGCGCCUGGCCUGGUUUGACUUUUCCCAUGUAAUGGUUACAAGAGGUUACAACUGUCCAGUGUAUUUUAAAAGGAUACUGAGUGCGAAGUGCUAACCACCCAGCUUUGAAGUAGUUAGGUCUAUUUCCCUGUAUUUGAGAGGAGCAAGCUACUGUACCUAGAUAUUUGAGUGGAGCUAGCAACUGUACCUGGAAAUCCAAGCAUUUGCACUAAGCUAACAAUAAGCUAAAGUCAAUUGUCUUCAAACUGCACGCAGAGACAUACAAAUGGUAUCCUUGCGGUAUUUAAUGUUAAUAUGCGUGGGGAUUGGGCCCUAUCCUAUGUCAGUGGUCGACUGUACAUGAAACAUGUCUUGCACAAUGUAGUUACAACAUGUUACAAAGAGGUUACAACAGUCCAGUGUAUGUUAAACUGCGUGGUUGGGGUCCUAUUCUAUGUAAUUGGUAUGCAGUGAAAUAUGGAUUGUAUUUCAAAGCUUGAGAGGUUGGACGAGUGAGUGAGCAGUCACUGUGGCCCUGUGACUGGGGUAAUUGUAGGGCGGCGCAGCGGUUGUUAAAAGUAUUGGGAAAUACAACCCACGUUGACGGAUAUGUUGCAGACAUAUUUUGGAAAUCCAGGAAUAGAAACUAAGUCCAUGAUCAAAUUCUAUAAUUCCCCAAUGGAAUGUGAAAUAUUGUUUUUGGUUCCAAGUGUUAACCUAAACAGGGUCAGGGAGUCAGAAGAACUCGGGAACAUUUUAACUCUCCAUAAUUUAGGAAUCUCCAGUCACAGACAUAAACAACCUGAUGGCAUUACGUAGAUAACAUUCCUAAACGUUAGUUUAUAUUUAAAUUCUUCAUCAAUUCAUCCACUGGCAGUCUCCAGAUUGUAUCGCUUAAUUAGUGUUAUCAGAAAAAUAACUAGUUCCCAGACAUAACAAUGGUGCAUAUUUGGAUACUCACUAUAUUUAUGUGUAGGAGCUAACAGUAAUUGGUUUAACCCUUAUAUAUGACGUCUGAAUGGUGCUCCUCAGCGCCAUGGAGACAACGGCCCCAUCACAAAUGGCACCCAAUUCCCUAAAUAAUGCACUACUUUUGACCAAAGCCCUAUGGGUCCUGGUCAAAAGUAGUGCACUACAUUGGGAAUAGGGAGCCAUUUGGGACACAGACUAUAACAUUCAUGGUCCUGAGGAAUGAGAAUCAUGAAUGCCAGUCCAUUCACAAAGUUAUGAGGGAAAAGGAUAAAUGGGAGGUAGUGCAGGCUCCACAAAGAUGAUGGCGCAGCCACGGUAGCAUACAGUAUUUGUGCAAGGAUGUUUCUUGAGUGCUAAUAAAUGCUAAAUUGGCACAAAAUGGUUCUCAGAAAAUAAAGUACCUCUUCUCAGAUACUCCUCUCGUCCACACCCUCUUUGUCUAGUCAAGUGUGUGCCUGUCCUAACCCAACUUUUUAUUAAUUGUCCUCUCUCUCUCUCUCUCUCUCUCUCUCUCUCUCUCUCUCUCUCUCUCUCUCUCUCUCUCUCUCUCUCUUUCUCUCUCCCCCACCCCCAUCCCUAUUCUUUCUAUCCCCAGGUUUGACAACCCAGCGGCGGUCAGCCUGACUCACCCCCUCUCCCCUUCACCCUCACCAUUUUUGUAACCCAACUUGUCAUUAUGAUUUUCAUUCACCCUCCAUUUUUCUCUCGCCCUUUAUUUCUCUCACCUCCCUCUCCAGGUUUGACAACCCUGCGGCGGUCAGCCCCACUCCGGCCAGGCAGCUGACCUUCAACUACCUGCUGCCAGUGAACGCCUGGCUCCUUCUCAACCCAUCAGAGCUGUGCUGUGACUGGACCAUGGGGACCAUUCCUCUGGUGGAGAGUCCUCUGGACCUCAGGAACAUGGCCACCCUGGCCUUCUACAGCCUCCUGGGCCUGCUGGCCUACCACAGCCUGCGCCACUCAAACUCCUCCGCCAAGACCGUCCUCAUG